AAGUCGCGCUUACAUGCACAAACUUCUGGUAACACUGUCUGAUCAGCUGUUUGUUUUUCAAUUGCAAAUGGAAGCCCAAUUCGAAAGUACGGACGAACACUAUUGGAAUCGCUCCUCGCGGGCAGCGUUCAGCUUUGAUGACGACGAUGAAAUCGAUGUAGCAAUAGACGAUGGCAGAUUGGGCACAGGCUUAAGCAGUGCCAUUUUUAAUGAUGACGCUGUCUCGGAGGCCAGUUUUGACAACAGCAGCGCACUGGGUACUCUCAAUCAUCUGUCUAUAAAGUCCAUACUGAGCGAUGAAGCGCUUAACUUGGUGUUGCAGGAACAAACGCUAGAUGAUCAUGUUAUGCCCAAGGGUGUGACGCCCGAGGAAGAGUUAAAGCUGUUGCGUCGUCAAAUUCAAAGCACGCUCUACAGCCCCAAUCUAGAGGCAACGGCACAGAAGCUGUUGCAUGGCAAGACAGUGCCACUGGAAAUGUUUAAAUCGCUGCAUGAGAAAGAGCAGCUGUUAGAUACGCUGCUGGUCAACGGUGGCGAUGCGGUCAUAGGGGUGCUGUUGUUUCUGAAACGCACGCUAAAUGCUACACAGUUCCAUAAUAUAUUGCAAUCGCGGCCCAAAGCGCUGGAGCACUAUCUUAGCUAUCUGCGUCAAAGUGGCGAUGUUAGCAAUUAUAUAGUGGAGCUGCAACGCUUUGGUCGUCAUCAGGAGGCGGCACUCAAGCAGUUUCAGUCGGCUUUAGCUUGCAGCGACUUGAGCACACGCAAGCAGCAGCUACAGCGUCUCAUUGAUGCCUAUGCCAGCGCUGGCGUGGGUGUUAUAGCGCUCUACGAGCAAGUUUUCUCUGCCGCAUUGAAGCUGCAGCAGCUGCAAGAGAAAGAAAAAGACAUCGUAGCAGUCUUGACAACACAGCCGACACCCAUAGAAGUGUUGUAUGGACUUUGCACACAGCAUAAGAAUUGGAAGGAACAGGAUAUGCUUAAGCUAAGUUCACCGCAACGCUUUGCAGCUGAGCAGGACAUAUCGCCAGCGCAGUAUGAAUGGACCGCGAUGAAUGAGCGGGCCCAUGCACAAGCAUAUGCCGACCUGGAGUGCAUCUUUGAACGCGUAGCCAACUGGAAUCCUUUAAAGCCCAAACAGUUUCACAUUAGCUUUGAUUUGGCGCUGGCUGUGCUGCGUCUCCACGAACUGCAGGCACCAAAUACAGUGCUGCAGCUGUUCCUAUCCAAGAUGAGCAAUACCACCGAAAAGUUAGCGUUGGCACAGCGGGUCAAGUGCAUCAAGGCGGUCAUAGAUGCCAUGGUGGGUUUGAAGCAGCAACAGGAGUUGCUGCAUUUGAAGCUAACGCUGCCCGAGAGAUCCGAGGAGCAAUUCUAUUGCGAGAAUGCGCUCAAGACACUGCAAAGCAAGCGCUGGACCACUGACAAUAUUAAACUAAAGCUUUAAACGCUCUGCACAAGCUUUUGUAUA